AUGUCAUUAAAAACUUCACCGUUGGAGACAAUCGCUCUUCAAGCGCAAUGUCGUUGUAGUUCGAAACUCGAAUUGCGAUCCACAAACUUCGACUUUCGAAUCGGGGGCGAUACCAAAAUUUUGAGAGGACUUUCUUUGUACUUCUGUCUUCGUCGGCAAAUAAUGACUGCGAGUAUGGAUCCUUUGAAAUCUCGAUUCGAGGAAGAGCUCACGAAAUUCAAACGUCUCGAGAAAGAUAGAGAACGAAACAUGCUCAAUAGACAACAGCUCGAAGGACAAUUAACCGAGAACAGCCUCGUGAAGACGGAACUGGAUUUGUUGGAUGAUGAUGCAACAGUAUACAAAUUGAUUGGGCCUGUAUUGGUAAAGCAAGAUCUUAGUGAAGCAAGACAGAACGUUGAUAAACGUAUUGACUACAUCAACACCGAAAUAAAACGAUUAGAAGAAACAAUGGCAGAUGCUGAAAAGAAGCAAGAAGAACAAAGAAUAGCUCUAAUGAAAAUACAGACUGAUUUACGGGGUAUUCUGAGUAAGGAACAACGAUGA